AUGGAUUAUAAUCCAUAUCAGAAUGGGUCUAAUUUUGUUGAUCUUCUAACCAGUCAACAAAAAAGUGUCUUCGGUCAUUCACAAGAUCCCUUCACGGCCACUCAACGUAGUGAAGAGACUUUUGUAGAGCGUAGAGAACGCCGCACAUGGACGCCUAGAGAUGACAUUGUCCUCAUGAGUGCAUGGUUCAACACAAGUAAAGACCCGGUGGUUGGAAAUGAGCAGCGUUCAGGUGAUUUCUGGAAGCGAGUUGGAGCCUACUUCGCGGCAAGCCCGAAGGUUGCAGGCUGCGAACGGAGAGAGGCUGGCCACUGCAAGCAACGUUGGCAGAAGAUAAACGAAGGGGUCUCCAAGUUUUGCGGAGCUUACGAGGCUGCAAAGAGGGGGAAAACAAGUGGACAAAAUGACAAUGACGUUCUGAAGAAAGCACAUGAGAUGUUCUACACGAACCAUAAGAAGAAGUUCAGCCUCGAGCAUGCGUUUAUGGAGCUGCGUCACGACCAGAAAUGGUGUGAUCUUUCAAACUCUAAAACCGAAGGAAGCUCAAGGAAGAGGAAGUAUGAGGAUGCUGAUGAAGCAAGCAAUCGACCACCGGGUGUGAAGGCGGCUAAGGCGCGGGGUAAGAAAACGACGUCUGAUGAGAUACCUCUGUCUAAGUUUCAGACGAUGUGGUCCAUUAAACAACAGGAUCUUGUUGUCAAAGAAAGGCUAUCCAAGAUGUCUCUGCUUGAUAGUCUUAUUGGAAAAGAAGGACCACUAACUGACUCUGAGGAAGCUCUGAAGAAGAAGCUGAUCACUGACUUGUUGUCUGUUUGA